GCCGCGGUCCCCGACGGUGUGCGACGCCCGGCUGGCUUCGAACUUUUCUCCGCCGGGGCGCCCUCCUCCUCCCGGAGCGGCGGAUGCAGCGCGGGCUGGGCCGCCUGGUUGGGGUUGGGGUCGGGCGGUGGGAUCUCCUCCCAGUCCAGUAGCGGGGCUCGGUCCGACUGCUUAACCAUGAUAAUGCUGCCUCGGAAAGCGAGAAAAAAUAACACAACAGUCCGCUAUCAAGUAGAAUCGAGCACACUAAACGCUUCGCUGGAGCCGGAUCAUGAUGUCCUGCUGCUCGGGUUGUUUUCUGUGUAUUUGUAAGCGUGUCACAUUCACUGACGGGCUUCUUUUCCUCCGCCUGUCUCACUGUUUUGAUGACGUAGCUGACUUCCGCCCACGUGUCUCUAUUACUAUUUCAUACAGUGACCUAAUUUUGGUUAUGGGCAUUUUAUGCUGCCCAGGCUUAAUAAUAUUCAGUCGAAUGGACAUACAGCAUAAAUGUGCCUUUUGACUAUUACGUAAAUAUUCGCGAUAUUUAGAUUGUAUCUAGUUUUACUUAAAUUGUUCAUUUUAGUGUUGUUGUGAUAAAAUUACACAUUUAAAUAUGUAUUCAUAUACCUUUUAAAAUUCUUAUUUUGCUCGUUUUUAAAGUAAGGCUGUUAAAGUGGAUUUCGCAAUUAGCAGCCAUUGUUAAAGUCAGGUGUGCGAUUUGUGAACAGUUCAGCCAAUCAGAGAGGUAGCUGUGUUAACCCGAAGGCAUAAACAGGAAGUAAUUUACAUACAAGGCGCGAAAUUCAAGCGUGGUAUGGCGGUGGGGAAUUCAACGUCUUAGUAUUUUAGGGGAAACCUUUGCCAAAACUCCCUGGCCCUGAGCAUGUCGACGUUUUUAGACGAUCUCAGCCAUCGCCUGGACUUCUCUAGCUGUGGGGAGGAGGGCAGCAGCAGUGACAACAGUUCCGAUGACUGUACCUUCAGGUUCCAAAGUCCCAGGAUUCUAAGUCCCAGGAUUCUAAGUCCCAGGAUUCUAAGUCCCAGGAUUCUAAGUCCCAGGAUUCGAAGUCCCAGGAUUCGAAGUCCUAGAAUCCGCAGCCCCAAGAUCGGCAGCCCCCGGAUCGGCAGUCCCAGCUCUGCGUGCCGGACGCCCAAGGUGCAACGCCACCGCAGCAGAAACAACACAAUAUGUUCCCCUUCGCAAUGUACUAGCCCCAUACCUUACGCUUCCUGGAGGAAACUGAGGCUGUGUGACUCUCCCAGCACACCCAAAAGCUUACUAACUAAGUCGUCCCAGCCUUGCUCCAGUACUAAGAUAUGUCGCCCUCCUAGGACCCUGCGUUUUGCCUCAGCUACUGCCGCUAACCACAUCAAAACACUUCUGGUCAAUGUUAAUCCUUUCACCCCCGACACAGUCCGCAGGAACAGCGAGCCACAGUGGAGGAACUGCGGUAGAAGUGAUGACGAUUAUGGACGCAGGAUGAAACACAGCCUGACGUCAUCUGAGGAGGAUGAUGAAGCCUUCCUCCCACCUAAGAGGCGAGCUGUCCAAGCCUUUAUGCUGUCACGCUAUGAGAGUGAGUUCCUGGAGCUGGAGUGCAUUGGUGUGGGCGAGUUUGGAGCAGUUUACAAGUGUGUGAAGAGGCUGGAUGGUUGUUUGUACGCCAUAAAACGCUCUCGCCGACCCCUGGCAGGCUCUACCAAUGAGCAGUUGGCCUUAAAGGAAGUGUAUGCACAUGCUGUUCUUGGGCACCACCCACAUGUUGUUCGCUAUUAUUCAGCAUGGGCAGAAGAGGAUUGCAUGAUUAUUCAGAAUGAAUACUGCAAUGGUGGAAGUCUCAGUGAUGCCAUUGUGUUGAAGGAAGAGCAGGGUGAGCUUUUUACAGAGGAUGAGUUGAAGGAUCUGCUCUUACAAGUGUCCAUGGGGUUAAAGUACAUCCACAGCUCAGGCCUCGUACACCUCGACAUCAAACCAAGUAAUAUAUUCAUUUGCCAGCGUCCCAGCACAAGUGCAUCAGGUGAAGGGGAGAGUGAGGAGGAAGAUUACCAAAACGCUUCAGCGGGAGUCGUCUACAAAAUUGGGGAUCUGGGUCAUGUGAACUCAACCAACAGUCCUCAAGUUGAGGAAGGGGACAGCCGCUUUCUGGCCAGUGAGGUCCUUCAAGAGGAUUACAGCCAGCUGCCCAAGGCGGACAUUUUUGCUCUUGGCCUCACCAUUCUGCUGGCAGCCGGUGCUCCUCCACUCCCUCAAAAUGGAACCGAGUGGCACAGCCUUAGAAACGGAGAGCUCCCGAAACUGCCAAAGGAGCCAUCUGCUCCCUUCAGAGGCCUACUUCAGUUGUUGCUGGAUCCAGACCUGACAAAGCGGCCAUCUGCCAGGGAGCUGUGCAAGCACCCAGUCCUGCGGGAGGGGAGGACGGGAAAGGUGGCUGCUCGGCUACGCCAAGAGCUCAAUGUAGAAAAGUUCAGGACAGCCAUGCUUGAAAGAGAGCUCCAGGAGGCUCGUCAGGCUGCAUUGUCCCCCAAGCAGAACCUCCUUCCAGGGUUGAAACUUGCUGCAAAGGUGGGGUCCCUACCCAGAGCACAGAGGCUUAUUGGCGGGAAGGCGCCACGAUCCAUGAGCUUUGGCUGCACAGGUUAUUGAAUCUAAUGGAAGGCCCACAUGCCAGUCCGAAAUUAGUCACUUUCAGCAACCAGGCUGUUGUAAAAGGAAACCAUGUCUCUCAGAUAAGGCAGGGUGACCCUUUCACCAAACGGCAAAGACUUUAUUGAGACUAAUAUAAAUAAGCGGAUGGACAGUUUUAACUCGCAUGUGGAUAUCAUUGGUUUUAAAGGACUAGUCUGACUGACUUAAACACUUCACAAAGUGAUUUUCUGGCAGUUGAAUUUUAAUUGGUGCAAUGUACUUUCUUUAGAACUGUAAAUAAACAUUUAAAUCUUU